UUGAAAAUAGCCGUUGUUCGGGGGCAUGCGCGCGCGAUGUUUCUCUCUAUGUUUUUUCUUAUUUAAAUUCACGGGGCAAAAGUCUCACUUAUCCGAUAAAUUAGCAAAAAAUAAAUAAAUAACAGGUUUAACUGGUCUCUCUUGAGCCCGGUUACAGUUGGGAAACGUAGGUGUCCUGGUCCGGAGAAAUGGCGCAACGUGUUCCUGUGAAUGAAGCAGCUGCGCCGAAACGGACCGCCAGGGUUCGAGUAGCGGUGCGACUGCGACCAUACAUGGACAAACAAGACGAGAAAAGCGAAGGGCCCUGUGUCCGAGGACUGGGACCUCAAACCCUGGAGAUAGUCAACUGGAGGAACGCCACUGAGACUCUGCAAUACCAGUUUGACGUGUUCCAUGGCGAGCAGACAAAUCAACAGGAAGUGUUCUUGUCGUCGGUGAAGCCUAUUAUUCCUCACAUCCUUAACGGCCAGAACGCAAGUGUCUUUGCUUACGGACCCACUGGAGCAGGAAAAACCCACACGAUGCUGGGCAGUCAGGAGCAGCCAGGUGUGAUUCCCAGAGCUGUUCGUGAGGUUUUUCAGCUGGUUCGCAAUCAAGUGAAAGACCAGGACGAAUGGGAGUUCUCUGUAGGCAUGUCAUAUCUAGAAAUCUACAAUGAAAAGGUUUUGGACCUUUUGUCCCCUAACUCCCAGGAUCUGCCAAUCCGCGAAGACAAGGAUAAAAACAUCAUUAUACCAGGCUUGACUCAUACCCCACUCUCGUCUUUCUCUGAUUUUCACACCCACUUUGUGCCAGCUAGUCUGAACCGCACCACAGCGUCCACCAAACUAAAUCAGCGCUCCAGCCGCAGUCAUGCAAUCCUCCUCAUUAAGGUGGUGAAAUGUCAGCGUGUUCCUCCUCACAGACAGCAGACAGGAAAGCUAUAUCUUGUGGACCUCGCUGGUUCUGAGGACAACCGGCGCACAGGAAACCAGGGCAUCCGUUUGAAAGAAAGCGGUGCCAUAAACUUGUCUCUGUUCACCCUCAGCAAGGUUGUGGACUCUCUAAACACAGGGACCGGGGGGCGUGUGCCCUACAGAGAUAGCAAGCUCACCCGUCUUUUACAGGACUCGCUAGGCGGUUCAGCUCAUUCCGUCAUGAUCACGAACAUUGCCCCGGAAUAUAAGUACUAUUUUGAUACAUUCACCGCGCUCAACUUUGCUGCCAAGUCCAAGCAAAUAAUAAACAAGCCAUUUGUUAGAGAAACGGUGAUGGCCCACUCAAACGCUGCAGGGAAGAGGUCCAGAGAGGAACAAGAGGCUGGGGGAUCCGGAGAACCACAGAAUAAGAAGCUAAAGGAAGGCAAGAAUGUGGAGCAGCCAUCACCCCCACUCACACACCCCCAUAGCCCAGUUGAUUCUACAGUCUUGGAUAGACUAAUGGCUCUGGAGAAAAUGAUGUUGGGAACCCCAGAGAGAGAGAGACUCAAGUUACUCAAAACAGUUGCCCAGUCCCGCAAAGAGAUACAGAGGUUGAAGGAAAAGCAAAAGGAGCUAGAAGAGAAAGCAGAGAUGUUAAACAAACUAACUGGAGGCCAGAAUGGACUAAAGGAUGAAAUAGAGGACACCGCAAGUAGCAUAUCUCUCUUUAAAACAAAUCUGCCUCCCCUCCAGCGCAAACAGUCGGUUACAGCAAAACCUAGAAAACAACAGGCAAUUGUCACCCCAUUGCAAGUGUCCCAGGUGCUGCCCUUGCAGGAUUGUGCUGUGGUCUGCAAGCCUUCACAUAGUGCUGACAAGAAGAAAAAGCGCGUCAAAACAGAGAUCUCAGAAGGUAAGGAGAACAGCAAACUGGAAUCAGUCUGUGAGGAAGACUGGGAGUCAAGGUUGGACUCAUCAGUAUUGGACUUGUCCAAGAAAAAGAUUCUCCAGACACUUAACUCGGACUCGCUCAAAGACCUGAAGAGCCUGCAACUCAUUGGUGACAAAAAGGCCAAACUUAUUAUGGGCUGGAGGAAAAUUAACGGAGAUUUCGCACAGGUGGAAGAUUUAAAGAAAAUUGAAGGCAUUACAGAUAAACGUUUUUCAUCUUUUAUUAAGGCCAACAUUCUAAGUGCAAUGGGCAAGUGAUCGUGUAUGAGAAUUAUGACUUUUUGUACAUAUUAUUUUUUUUUUUUU